CAGUUAACUUUUGUCGCUUGCACGAUUUACUUUUAGUUUUGGUCCUCGAUGAUCAAUUGGAUCCUGCUCCUGCUCUGGACCCUGCACCUGCUCUUGCACCUGGCCAGGGAAUGCGAGGUAGAGCACUAAUAGUUCCACUGCCACAGAGAAAUCAAGCAGAAGCAGCCGACGAUGAGGUUACGGUAAUUGGAGUUGUGAGAGGCCAGAACAUUGUUAGGGCGAUUCAGGAUGAGGCUGACAGUGACAACGAUGUUAUCAUCGUUGGCGCUAUGUUCGGAGGCGAGAAUCGUGUUAGGACUGGCGGUGACAACGACGUGAUCAUCAUUGACGAUGAGACUGAAGACGAGAAUCAUGAUAUCGUACCCGAAUCUGCAGAAAAUGCACCAGCUGCUGGAGGAGUAAAAAGAAGACGUAACAAUGCUCAAGGUAAAAGGCGAAGACGUCCAAGAGGAGGUAUCACAGGACGUUGCAUCGUUUGCUAUGAACAUGAAAAAGUGCAGAAAUUAUGGCCCUGUAAACACAGGAUGUGCGUCCAUUGCAUCCCACGAUUAAAAAAAAAAAUAUGCCCUCUCUGCAGGAAGGACAUCGAAUCCUGGCUCCCACCCCAUUUGAUGGCCAACCAAGCUUUUGCGCAAUAAGCACCCUAGAUUCCACCUUAGAAUUUAGAUGCUUAAAGAGCACUCAUCGCAAAGAAUUAGUAUCAACUAUCGAAAAAAAA